CACGUGACUUCUCUUUUAACGGGAGAGGCCGGCACAAGAGGUUUCAAAAUGGACACAUGCGUUGCUUAGGUCCAUUUACUAGUAAAAUAUCUCUAAAUUAAGUGUCAAAUUCUCAUAAUGGUGGAUUUACACUUCUAUUAAGCGAUGGAGUGUGAUAUUUUAGACUCGUUGGAGCAGCUCGGCUAUGAGGGUCCGGUAAAAGGGGAAGCGGAUCUACUCCAAGCCGCCAAAGGUGGCCUGACCUCGGCUGAGUAUGCCGACUUGUGCCGGUGGUUGGUGUCCCGCUUAAAGUCGCUGUGUGACCUGGAGGGAAGCAUCACUUCAGGUCCAGAUGACGUGACGAGCAUGAGUGGCUUGCUGAAGGAGCUUUGCUGUCCGUAUGACAUGUGUUCACUAGUCAAGGGGAACACCGAAGAUCAUCUUAAAAUUCUGUUGUUUUUAAGCUCUGAGCUUCAGGCAGCGCAGAUCGCCAGCAGCAAAGGAAAUUGCCUUCAAGGUCAAAACGAGAAUUUGGCGUCUCGGGAGCUGAGAAAAAUCUGCGAGACCUUAACUGUGUCACCGUUGGAGGGGAAGAAUGUUGCAGAGGUCCUGUCUUUAAUCCAAAACAAGGUGGAUACACUUCUUAAAAAGUGCCCUAAUGGCGCAGUGGAAAAACCUGCGUUAAAACAAUCCCUCAGCAGUGAACAGUGGGAGAAGCUGCACGACAUGAACACAGUGCUGUCGUCGGAGUACGAGUGCCGACGCAGGAUGUUAAUCAAGCGUCUGGACGUCACCAUUCAGUCUUUCGGCUGGUCCGACAGAGCCAAGGUCAAGGUGGACAGCAUGGCGAGGGCCUACCAGCCUAAGAGGCACAUUCUGCGGGCAGAGUCAACGGUGGACGCCACCACGCUGCUGGCAGCCAGAGAGGACGUCUGCAACAUUGUCAAGACCAGCAGCGGUGUUAACAGAGAGAAGACGGCGUGCGCGGUCAAUAAGAUCCAAAUGGGAAGAGUUCCAGACCGAGGAGGACGUCCUUCAGAGAUACAAGCCCCGCCUCCAGAGAUGCCCCAAUGGAAGGCAAGGCAAGAUGGAGGGGGUGAUUGGGGAAGAAGGGGUGGCUGGGGAGGAAGAGGAGGAGGAGGAGGAGGAGGAGGAGGAGGAGGAGGAGGAGGAGGAAAAUGGCGAGGAGGCAGACCAAACCAGGGGGGACACGGCGGAAAGAGAGGACGGUACCAGUAUUGAUUGUUUUACAGCUUUUUUUCCAGCGUUUUUUUAAAUGAACUGAAAAAAACAUUCGCAUGAAUCUACAGAUCCCACAAACCAGAUCUGUUGAUUAGGAUUUUACCUCCACAGUUUUAACCCUGCCCCUACCUCACUAGUCUCUGUAGUGCAUCAUGUAGUAGGAUCACAUCACCUCAGAUUUCACACCUUAAUAACCUCUGAUUUUAGUCAAUAAAUAUGGAUGAGUUCCUACAAUC